CCAUUCCUCUUUGUAAAAAAAUAAAUAAAUAAAAAAAGAGUUUUAAAACAGUUUCCUAAUGAACACAUCCCUGCUGGGCGUGCGAUUCUUCUUCAGGCACAGUCGGGCCAAGAUGUGUUUCAUAAACACAGGACCAGGGAAAAUGGCAUCGCAGAGAAAACACAGGUUGAACGCUCUCCAACCCCUGGCUCCAGCAGCCUGCCUCUGUGUCCUCCUAGUCCUGACUGUGACAGCCAUGGGCAGUCAUAUUCCUAGUACCAGUCUGCUGUGUAACUUCUGCCCACUACAGCACAAAGGAAGGUCCUGCAGUAACGAUUCCACCACUGAGUGUCUCCCGCAAGAGCGCUGUGGUACUAGCAGUGGGCGUUUCGGUUCCGCUCACAUCCUGUCUGCACAGGGCUGCUUGACCCCUGACCUCUGUAACUCCACCCAUGCCGUGACCUACCGAGGGGUCAGCUAUAAUGUGACAUACAGGUGUUGCUGUAGUGACAAGUGUAACCAGCCUCCAGCCCCUGACACCUACAUUAAGAGUCUGUUAGGAGUGACGUUGGGGCACAGUGAGAAGCCUCCUCCUUCCGCGACGGACCCUCUGCAUAGAUGCCCUGGAGAUGACGUGGCGGAGGAUGACGACGUGGCUCCGCUACACGGAGAAAAUGACAUGAUUUCCAUCUAUAAAGUCCUCUCAGAUCUCCAGGAGUGGCUAAAGAGUAGCGGCUAGGGGUCCGUCUGGAAUUCAGCCAUACUUGUCACUGGGGGACGGGCCUGUUAGCCACAGUCCCUGUCCCCCACCCUCAUGCAAGGGAUGACACUUAUUCAAGUAGAUUUAUUUCCAGUGUAAAAUGUGCUUAUUUAUUCCAUUAUUUGUAAUAACUGACGUAAAGUGUAAUCUAUGUUUUUAGUGAUGUUGCAAUAUUGCCGUGUGGUAAAAGCUGUAGUUCUCAGUGUGGUAGCUGGUGAAUGGCGUGAAUACAGAAAGCAUGUUGAAGUACC